UAUUUGUAUUUAGGUAUUAAACCUAAUAGUGUAUAAACGAGUUGCUGAAAAUAUAUUCCACGGAUUUCCAGCAUUGUAGAAACCAAGAAUUGUAGAUAUACAAUUGUUAUUUACAAUUUUACUUUAGAUUAUAUUGAUUGCAGUUACCUUGAAGGAGGUUUGAACUUUGAAACUUAGCGGAGGCUUUUUAUAUGCUUUUUAUGACUAUUCAGCUAACUACUUAGCAUGAAACUUAAUUUGGUCUUGGAAAUGCUUAAAUAGUGUGCAAAAACAGCCAAAUGCUAAGCAUGUCUCUCCGCAACUACCAUAGACUAUGUAUACCAUUAACACAAUUAAAAAAUCUACAAGCAAACAUAAAAAAAACUUGUUUAUGUGGAAAUAUUUAUUUAAAUAAGUACAAAUAUGAUACAAAUCCUGUACGGGUUCACUCAACACAGAGUGACCAUAGACAAAAGGCUGUGAUAGAGACUACAAAUGUUAUAGACAAGAUAAGUAUAGACAAAAGAGGACUAGAAUUAUGGAGGGUGAAGAUAGACCCCUAUGUGAAGCUGGCAAGGUGGGACCGACCUAUAGGUGUCCACCUCCUCUACUGGCCAUGCUCCUGGUCCAUAGCGCUAGGCUCUCUCCCCGGGACUGUGCCCCUCGAGAGCUCCCUCAAGAUGGCGGGCUUGUUCCUGGUGGGCGCGGGGCUCAUGCGCGGCGCGGGGUGCACCAUCAACGACCUGUGGGACCGCGACAUUGACGCCCAGGUGGAGCGAACAAAAGACCGCCCUCUGGUGUCAGGCGCGAUAUCCACGAAGCAGGCUGUGGGUUUCCUAGCCUUGCAGCUAUCCUUGGCCUUAGGAGUACUGCUGCAGUUAAACUGCUAUAGCGUGGCACUAGGGGCGAGCAGUAUGUUGUUAGUAAUAACGUACCCGUUGGCCAAGCGUUUCACGAACUACCCGCAAAUAUUCCUUGGCGCCACAUUCAACUGGGGAGCGUUACUGGGCUACAGCGCUAUACAGGGUUCAAUCGACCCAGCAAUCUGCCUGCCGCUAUACUUCGGCGCUCUAGCGUGGACGGUCGUGUAUGACACCAUCUAUGCACACCAGGAUAAAAUGGAUGACGCACGCAUAGGCAUGAAAUCUACUGCACUCACGUUCGGCUCAGCCACCAAGCCGGCCCUCAGCGGAGCCCUAGCCCUCAGCACGAGUUGCCUUCUACUCGCAGGCGAAGCCGCGGGAUUACAGUGGCCAUACCAUGUAGCUGUGGGGGCUGCGACACUACACGCCGCUAGACAGAUAUACACCCUCAACCCUGACAACCCGGCCGACUGCGCGUCCAAAUUCAAGUCAAACACACUGAUCGGCCUAAUAAUACUACUGGGCAUACUAGGCGGGGGGUACAAACAGUACAUGGACAAUAGAGCGAAGCAUAGGGGUAAGGAGGACUAUAGUGUUACCAGCAGUUGUAUAUUUGGGUAAUUUAUUAGACAACAUAGCAAAAUUCAUAUCGACACUACUUUAAAAAAAUCUCGUAUCUCACGCUGUUCCUCAAAGUUAAAACGCAGUAAGUCUAUAUGC